AUGCUUCGACAUUGCCAACAGUCAAACAACCGAAUUUUCUUUCCUGUUUACACGUUGAAUGGUUUAAUGCAUCCGGUUGAGAUCAAGGUUUGGCAAAUGAAUGACACCACGUAUGCUGCCCAGCCUGAUUGGCGCAAAUUACGUCGUUUUUCUGUUUUUGUUGGAGGAAUUCCUAGAACUUGUACUGCAGGUUUGGUUUUAAAUUUAAUAAUUUUGUAAA